CCAACCAACCAGCCGUGCCGUACGGCAUUGUCGCGUAGACUUGCGAUCUACCGUAGUCGUCUAGUAGCCAUCUGCACGAACGUCGCGUGUUAUUACAACUAUCGUAAAUACUGAUACAAAAAGUAUUAUUUUCUCGAUAUUAUCAUGAGAUACAUCUAGUUUCUUUUACUGUAACGAACAGUUUUAUCAAUUUAUUCGUUGCAAGAUGUAAAUGGUUGUAGAUAUCUGGUGUUUUCUUCGGCGAGCGAAAUAAACUUCGCUUUAGCCAACUCAGUUCUGACUUAAAUCGUCGAUUUGCCUCCUCUAUAAAAUGCAACAAUGUGGAUUGUGUUCAAUGUUAUCCGGCUUGUUGAGAAGAGCUAUGUGUGUUGGCAGUAGACGGGGCAGCAGCGAGUCUUACUACCGCGAGCUGGGCGACCAAGAUACUCUGAAGAUCGAGGACAGAUCAUCAGAUGGUUCCGAUGUAAUCGUGCAUGAAACUCCUCUUCCUGUGGUGGAUGCCGCGGAGGCUAGUGAGCUCGAGGCGAUGGUGAAGCGAAGUCUUUGUACGGGCCGGUUCCUGACUCUGCAUAAGCGGCGCAAAAAACGCCUGCUGACCAGGUCUCUGUGUCAGGAAGCCGCCCUCCUAGAUGAUCUCCAGCUUGGACAAGUCAAGUGCAUCCUAGAGCAAUCAGUGACGUGGAAGUUCAAUGCAUUUACGCUAGAAAACGUCUCUGGGGGUCGAUGCUUGCCGGUCUUGUGCGUCCAUCUCUUCCACAUCUACGGGCUGAUCUCCCACUUCAAGCUGGAUGUAGCUAAAGCGUGGAAGCUCUUCAGCUUGAUUGAGGAGGGUUAUCACAGCACGAACCCUUACCACAACUCGAUCCAUGCUGCUGAUGUCACGCAAGCGAUGCACUGCUUUCUGCAACAGAAACAGAUCCGCGACUACAUAGAGCCCCUGGAAAUCAUGGUGUCCUUGCUGGCCGCCAUCGCUCAUGACAUGGACCACCCUGGCGUCAACCAACCCUUCCUCAUAGCCACUUCGAACCACCUAGCUGCGUUGUAUCGGAAUACAUCCGUACUGGAGAAUCACCAUUGGCGAUCAGCGAUCAGCUGCCUCAUCGAAAGCGAUCUCCUGGAAGCACCGGAAGUGCGGCAAAAAGUGGAGAACCAAAUCAGCUCGCUCAUCCUAGCGACAGACAUCACCAGGCAGCAGGAGUUCCUGAACCAGUUCAAGACGUACCUCGACAAUAACACCCUAGAUAUGCGGAACAAGGACCACCGGCAUCUGGUGCUGCAGAUCGCUCUGAAAUGCGCCGACAUAUCCAACCCCUGCCGCCCCUGGGAGAUCAGCCGCAAAUGGAGCCUGAAGGUCUGCGAGGAGUUCUUCCGCCAAGGCGACUACGAGAGGAAGCUGAACCUGCCCGUCACGGCGCUGUGCGACCGGCACACCACGUCCAUACCGAAGAUACAGACGGGUUUCUCCAAGUUCGUAGUAACACCGCUCAUAAAGGAAUGGCACAGAUUCCUUCAGAACGACCUCUCAUCUCAGAUGCUCGAGAAUCUGUUGUACAAUCAACGCAAAUGGGAGACCCUGGUCGCCGAGGAGAUGGCCGAAGAGACGAAGACUGAGAUAUCGGACGCCGAUAUGGUAGAUGACGAUCUCGAGACGUGCUCCGGCACGUACGUGUCUGACAGCUCCGAGCUGCUGCUGCCGCUGCGGCGCAGUUCGCUCAAUCCCACCAAGCCCAACGGGCUCAAGGAGCAGCUCCGGAGAUUCUCGGUGCCGCUCAACGUGUUCCAGGACUCGCGGUUCAGGAGCAGGGAGAAGAGUCGUGACUCGCUAGCCGUCGACAACAGGCUCAGGCAGAUGAGUCCGAUGGGCAGCGAGCGGUCCAUCCACUCGCAGCUCAGCGUCCGCGGCCACUGCGAGACGGAUGCCGCCGAGAAGGUGCUCAGCACUGAAAAACUACUGCCCGACUCCUCCAUCGCGUCCAUCACCACGCCCGUGCAGGCGACCAGACUCAACACGGUUCUGAAAGACGGUGGGUCGUGGAAGCUCAUCCGCCAGCAGACCUUCCCGCCCCUCGAGACCACCGCCCGCAGCCACGCGCUGGCCUGUCGCCCGCUCCACACCAGCAACGAGGACGCUAUCUACCCGCCCCGCUGCAAGACUGAUUUCGCACUGAAAUUCGACCCGGGCAUCCUGGAGGGGAAGCUCAGUAGUAUGUUCAAGAAAAAUGAUACCGAUAAGACUGAAAACGAUGACGCUUCUGAAAAUAAUGUAGAUGUAACUGACUGUUCCCGGAAUCUGGAGAAGGAGAAUUUGGACCCGCUGUUCAGGUCGGGGCGCAGGGAGUCGGCCACUGCUGGGAGUCAGCUGAGGGAGAACUUGACCUCCGUGCAGCUUGGCCCGUUCGUGUCCGACAGCUCGCUGCUUCGCCGCCGAAAGUCCAUGCCAACUGAUGUGGUCGCAUUUACGCCAAAGGAGAAGAAGAUGCGCGAAGUGACGUCAGCGAUUCCGCAGCUGCUGAAACGGACAUUAUCCAGCAAGGAGUCUUGGUCGCGACGCCGGGGCUCGGCCCCCGUGAACGAGGCCCCGUCCGAGCUCCGGGGCCUCGCCGCGCUUGGGGCCCUGCGCCACAGCGUGAACGGGGGCCGACGGAAGCCCAGCGCCAUAGUCACCUGCCAGCAGUGGCUGAAGUCCACUUACGGGGGCCCAGACAAGGCCAACUUGCCUCGUCGCAGCUCCUUGCCCGUUGAGGUGAUGACAGGCAUCUCAUCACGCUGAAAAGUUGAAGAAUUCAGAGACCAAUUGAGGGAGUUAUGAGAAGAAUAAAUACGCUUAAUGAUAUAUUUUACCGCUUCCAUAUGAAGCUUGUACGUUCAAACUUGAUCGCUUGGAGUUUGGAUAUAGCAUAGAUACAUCGAGUACAAACUCGAUGUAUCGCGAGUUUUCGACUCGGCGAUCUAUCGUGAGUUUUCGUCUCUACGAUCUAUCGCGAGUUUUCGAUGCGGCCACUAAGGCGCCGCUCUUUAGCUAGGUGUUGUAAUAUAAGACAUUCUUGGGUUAUUCCCUUUCGACUCGGAUUCGGAAACUUAUUUCGGAAUUUAUUGGCUGUUUCGUCGAAUCCGAGUCGAAUUAAAUUGUGAGGGUGCAUGCUUGCAUUUGAAAAUUUGGACUGCGAAAUUAGAAAACAAAAAUG